AUGGAGUUGGAUUGUUGUUGCCAGUUCGAUGUUUGCAAUGGUUAUCGUGCCGAGGAAAAGAUGACAAGCAGUGGUAGCUCGACGACACCAACCGCUUCGGGCACGAAGAAGGAUUACGUGCUAUUCUUCCUGGCUUUUCUGGCACUUGGAUCGGUCCUGCUCGAUGUGAUUUUGCGAAGAAAUGAAGGCAUCACAGUCGAGUCCGUUACGAGAAAGUUCGUUGAGGCACCAAAGAAUGCUACUAGUAGUAGUAGCGGUAGUACAGGAGUACCGGUACCAUUCCAAGUGCAAAUAAUAGAGGAUGAAGGUCUUGUGAAAAAUCUCGCUGGCACUGAAGAUAGCAUUGAACCAGAGCAAAGACUUCUACCAGAAACAACCAGUAGUAGCGAUUCCAAUACUCCUUCUGUGUCUCUCGUGGUCAGUUUCUUUGCAGUUGCUGCAUCCUCAUCAGAUUCGCAUCCACAUGUAAAGGAAAUCAAAAUGUCAAUUUUGAACAAUCUACACAAUCCUCAUUUUCAGCAAGUGGUGGUCAUUCUAGAUUCUGCAACACAACAAUCCAAUUGCAGCCAUUUUCAACAAGCCAUGGUGGAUCUAGAGCAAAAAUUCAUGGAUUGGCUCCAAAAGAACAAUCGAAAUUCCACAUUUCAGCCAUUUCAGCAUUCCAAACUAACCUGUGUGGACCGACCCGAAGAACAGCCAAGUUACUUGCAAAUGUUUCAAUAUGCCAUCAAUUCCACCAUUGUCAAGGGACCCGUUGUGGUUCUGGCCAAUGCCGAUCAUGCAUUUGAUGACACUGCUCAACGGGCCAGUCAAAUCAAGGAAACAUCCCUUGUUACCUUAUCCAGCUGGGGAUUCAAUCAUGAGAGAAUGCCACAGGAUGUAGUCAACUACCUCGAAUUUGUCGUUGGCAGACACGUCUAUAGUGGCAGACUGUCCAAAAACAAGGGCAUUCGCGCACGAUGCAAGGACCAAACAGACUCGUGGGAUGGCUACUUGUUUCAUCAACAAUUGCUACAAGGAAAGCAACUACAGACGGACCGUUGGACGCGCCAAGUCAUGCCCUAUUUCCGAAAGGACAAUCGCACCAACCAGGAAGGAAAAACAUUCUUCCGCAUGAAUGAGAUUGGAGCCGAGAAUGCCGCUCUCUGGGCAUUGAUGGACAGCGUCCCACAAGCAUACGAUGCCAAUGCGUGUCGGAUCAUCAAAUUGUGGCAUUUUCAUGUUUCGGACAAGAUGCAUGCACAUCCCACGGCGACUAAUCGACAAUACUGGAAACACGAACGACGCAAUCGAGCCAAACGAUUGGAUUCGGUGCCGUUUCCGCACCACAUUGCCAGGCAACCCUACGAAAAUGCCUUUGUCUCCACACUUCCAUAA